GGCAUAUCCUUACUCAUAUAAGAUGGCACCUACUUACGACGAUUCACCUGAACUCGCCGAGGGCCACGACUUGCCCGAGGCCUAUGUCAGCCAUCCACCUCCGGAACAAGUCUGGUCUCCUCAGCCGUCUAUCGCGCCGACUUAUAUCUCUCAGCCCCCUGGAACUUAUGGAAACAAUGAGGGCUACACAAACACCGCAUACAGCACCACUGGAACGUACUCGGAAGCUGGAAAGGGCACGGCGGCGGGUGCUGUAGGAGGCGUGACGGGAGCAGCAGCAACCGAUGCUGGAACUGAGGGAGCAUACACCUCUCCCGAAUCAAUCCACCCGGAAAAGAAGACGGCCACUACUGUUGGUGGAAUCUCCCUGGUUCUCCUCCUCUCCAUCAUCAUCGGUAUUCUGGCGGCUGCGGUUAUCGGACUGGCAGCUGGUACUGGUGUUGCAACCAAUAACUACAACAAUGCAAACUCCAAACUGGCAGCUCUAAGCUCCUCUCUGGCUGAUGCCCAGGCUACAUCCCCGCCCGACGCAGCCUGUGCCACUGGUACAGGUACUGCAGCAGCUGCUACUCCUUCUAGCACCUCUGCGAUCUUCAACUCCCUCGACAACGGAUGCACCGAAGACCCGAACGGUGUUAAUGGAACCGUUUACACCUCUGCAUUCUUUGGCAAGCCUCAUUUCACCAUGUACUGCAACAAGGAUACGAACAACCCUGCCCUUUACUCUGUUUUCGCCAAGGACUUCAAUGGCUGUAUGGAUGCUUGCGCCGCGUGGAACUCGUACAACACUACCACCAAGGGAACCUGUGUAGCCGUCUCCUUCAUUCCCUCGUGGAGUUUCGCAAAGAAUGCUCAGCUAGGCGGCGCUCCUGGAGACUGUUAUCUCAAGUCCGGCACGCUGUCUUUUGCCCUCCUGAAAAACCCCAACAUCGGGACGGAGUGCCACGCGGCUCUUCUUCUCAAGUCGUCGUAAAGAUGGACCACACACCAGCUCUCUGGUACAAUGUUUCUUUUUUUCGUUGAGGGGAUGAAGAGAAUUUCACAAACAUGUGGAAGACGUUAAUAAUGUAGGGAAUGUUUGGAACUUCUUGUGACGAGCACGGCGUUGGAUUAUCAAAUUGGGGGCCCAACUUGUGAAGAUUGAAUGAGAUCUCCAAGUAAUUUUGCAAUGUACUUUAUACCAUACCUAUUUUUUUUGUUUUUUACAAUUCUC